GGUGAGAACAGUGGAAGAAUACAGUCAAUACAUAAUGCGCAGCCAUAGGUCUAUAAAUAGCUGAUUCUUCUCAUCGUGUCUUGCUUCUUGCUUAGCAACCAAGUCUUGUACAACCACUCUCCCUCAUCUAGGCAAAAUGACUAUUUAUACAGACUAUUCAUACAGACUAUUCAUACAAACUAUUCAUACAGACUAUUCAUAUAGACUAUUCAUACAGACCAUUCAUACAGACUAUUCAUACAGACUAUUCAUACAGACUAUUCAUAUAGACUAUUCAUACAGACUAUUCAUACAGACUAUUCAUACAGACCAAGGACCCGGACAGCUGCAGCGAAGCUCGUUAGCAAAAAGAUGGACGAUCAGGGAAUCGAACCCUGGACCUACCGCAUGCUAAGCGGUCAUUAUACCACUAAACCAAUCGCCCAUGUGGAUGAUCUAGCCCGGACUUGAACCGGAGACCUUCAGUGUGCUAGCCAAGA